CACCGCGACCGGAGAGCAUUCGACGUAGUGCUUGCAAAGCAAAAUCAAACAAAUCGAAGCGGAGGAUUGCUGCCGCCAGGCGCCGAGAGUAGAGUUUGCGCGUUUACCGGACUGCUGGGCGCCGUUGAUAGCGCAUUUACUGCUGUUGUGCGUCGCAACCCAAUCCUUCCGAUUCGUUGCUUCUAUAAUCCGUGUGCCGCACUGACAGCGGACAUCAUCGCAAGAUGACGAUCAUCACGCAACCCUUGACGGAAAAGAAGCUGGCCAAGUCGCCGCAGGCCAAGCCUCUCGUUCAGCAUGAGUCGGGCAACGAAGGCGACGUGGAAGGAAGCCCUGUGAUAGUGACGAUGCGCGCCCGUCGCGUAAGCACGACCACAACACUGUGCGUCUUUUUCACUGCAUUCCUGGUGCUGGCAACAGGCAUCGUCGGUGGCGUGUACCUCUAUCGCCAGUUCACACACUACAAGGUCCGCCACUUCCGCGGAUGGUGUGGUGUGCCAUAUGUGUCAGACUCCAAGAUGCCACCAGUGAUGUCAGGCUCGGAUUUCUUGCGCCAGAGCUCAAAUGGUGCUUACGGUUCAUCACCAGAAGUUGCCAACUCCAUUGUAGACCCUGUUAGGGACAACAACAUUUUUCAGGAACGAUUUGACCUGGACUUGGAGUACGAACAGUACGAAGAGAUAGAGGUGCCUGACUUCUCCCAUGGCCGACGAGGACGUUUCAUUCACGACUUUGCAGCCAACAAAACAGGAAUCGUGGAUGUAGAGGGACGCCGGUGCUUCGUGAUGCCUCUCAACCGCAGCCUCGUCCUGCCCCCACACUCGCUUUUCGACCUGAUUGUCAAGAUGCGGGCUGGCUACUAUGACGUGGACACGGAGAUAGUGCGUGAGCGGAUGCGCGUUGUGACGCCCCCCAUCCUGGACUUUCGGGACGUUGGCUACUACAUCACCCGUGAAUGCUCUUCGCUGCCCACUUAUCGCCUUGAACGCAUGACUGUGCCAGUGUUCAAGCGCAGCCUCGGGCAAAGUGACCGUGCCACUUUUGUUGAGUUUGCCGGCAACAAGGUUGGCGAAAUCGAAAUAGUCAACAUCGAUGAAGCAGUCGGAGCUGGAAGCUCCCAAGCCUGAGACAGCAAGAUCGGGAUGGUGCCUGCCAUCAACUAGAUACAAGAGCACACGGGGUGGGCGGACGGCAGGAGUUACUGCAUCUAUGUCUGGAGGGCCAGGUGCUUUUGCCCACCGAGAAAAGCGCUAAUUGUGGCGGCAUAUGUUUUUCUCCCGUUCAUUUUCUUGCCCCCCCCCCCCCCCUUUUGUUCACUUCAGAGCAGUUAGAUUUGUUCCAUGGAAAAGCGGCACCUGCUCAUGUCAUGCCGUUUCUCUCUUAUUUCCUCCUUUCCUUAUUCUGUCUUUACUGUCUACUUUCUUUUUUUCUGUGCUGUAAAAUUUUCUAUGACAGUAACUACUGAAUCUGGCAACUGUUGCUAUUUUUCUCUUUGCUGUCAUGAUUUUUAGGGGCAUUUUCACUGCUUUACUAAUUUGUAAACUUGUAAUUUAGUGCUGAGUUAGGCUCAUUUAAUAACACACGUGCAUGCAUUUCUUAUAUAUCUGCGGGGUUGUGCUUCUGUUGCACAUUUCAUUCCGUAUUGUCUUCUUUUGCUUGGUAUCGACGGGGUAUCUAGUCAUUCUUUCGUGAAUGCUUUACAAUGACUGGUGCAAUGUACGUUGUCUGUAUCUCUCCAUCUUUCACAGUGACUUAUUUUUCUUCUUUCCUCUGUCACUGCUGAAAGGCUCUGUGUGUGUUUGAGCUGUCACUUUUUGACGUAAGCCUGUCGUCACUGACUUGUUAGCACAAAUAUGAAAGUGUCUACAUGACAUAGGUAAACACGUACAAAAGAUUUAUCAUUCAGCACUGGCAGUGCUGCUACGUUUUCUCUUUGUCACAUUUUGUUUGGGCACAGAAGCGCACGUGGAGCAUGUGGUUCCAAAAGGGGACUGAACACACACACCUUGUCUUUCCGAAGCAAUCAUAAACAACACUGUGAACGGUUUAGAACAGGCUUGGUGUGCUCUCAUCCCAGUGGCUCGCUUCGGAAGUAUGACAUCUUGCGCUAUCAGGUGGAACCUGAAUCUGAGCACAGGCGCAGUCCAAUGUGUUUCGCAGUGCAGUGGAUUGAUUAGGUUCAUUGCGAUCCAAGUUGUCUCUCUUGAUGUCAGAUUCCACAUUUUAUAUGGUAUAGUUUGCAGCAGCACAUGACUUGUGUGGGGCUUACCACCAUAGACGAUUAAAAGCAUACUGCACUUGCCGGCAGUGUUACUUGUGCGAGCUGCAGCUUAAGUUGUAAGGAAGCGUGCAAACUUUGUUAAAGUAUUUCUUUGUGGCUUUUUAUAGACCCCCAUAUGUGAAAUCCUCCUAAAACAUUAUUCACUAGGGUGUCGCAGGCUCACCACAUGAACCGCAAAGUUUAUUUACUAUUUCGGGCAUUGCCAGUGCCAUGGUACAUGUUGAGAUGCUUGACGUGCACUUGUAGCAUAUUAUAUAUAUAAAUAUAUACAUAUAUAUACUUAGUGUAUGUAUAUUUACUCCGGCUUGCCGUGUUUGUUCUGUGUAUUUUUUUUUCUUUUUUUUCUUUAACAGUUACAAGCUUCGAGAACAAAAUGUAGUUGCCAAGUGUAGCAUGCUAUGUUGUUGUCUUGCUCAACAAUGGGGCAAGUAGGAAAAUAAGAGAGUACAAAGGUGGUGGCGUCCCCCCAAACAUGUAUACAUUGUGUGGUUUUGGUGCAUUUUGGCUGUUUGUUUUUUGAGAAUAUAAGUACUCGUGGUCUUUGUUUGGGCAAGAGUUUGUAUUUUUGCCAGGUUUGGUUGAUUUAACCAAUAGUUUGUGCUCAGCCAAGGGGCCGUCGUAUAGCAUGCACGUAAUAUUUGUUAGUAAUGGUUCACAAGAGGACUUAAAAGCAUCAGUGCUGUUAACCAGUGACCACUUGUUCACCAAUUGCAGACUCUUAUGUCCAACAAAGUGACCAACAUGUGUGCGUCUAACGUAGUAUUUGUUGAGAGCAAAGAUUUUAAAAAAUUACCAGUCAAUUACAGCUAGCUGCUGGCGUUCUUGAAAAACAGUGGAGCUUAAGUGUUAAAACAACUUCAAAGUGCUGGCUCAGCGUAUUAUUGUUUUUGUCAAUUCAUUUCUAGUGAUGCCAUAUUUUCUUAAUUUUAUUUGUACACAUUAGUGUCUGGCCAUUUUAUAUUAAGUUUGCUGCACUUUUUUGUUAAGCUUUUGUGGUCAUGUCCCUGGCAUAAAUGCUGCUGCGCAAGCGCAGGGGUAAUGAGUGUUGUUAAGGUUAAGAAAAAAGAGUUGCUAUUACAACUGCUGCUACUACUUAUACUGCUGGUAUCGCACAUGAUACACAUUAUCACCCUGUACACACAGUUCCACCAACUGCAGGGCACGAGUAAAACCUGUGUAUUGUCGUAGUGGUUCCAAUCUUUCACAGUGUCUCCUUUCGAAUUGGUUAAUAAAAGGAGCUCGGAAGAA